GAAUAUAUAGUUCUGUAAGCUGAGCUCUAUAAGGGUGACAACAUUUAGUUCUUCUCCUUCCAUCUCUGAAAAAACUUCAAAGGCCAUGGCUAAUGGAGGGCCAAAAUCUGCAGCAUCAAUUCUCCUAAUUGUUAAUCUUGUUCUGUAUUUCAUUGUGAUUGUCAUCGCUUCUUGGGCUGUCAACCAUGGAAUCCAAAGGUCUGGCGAAACCGCAUCUGUGUUGUCGAUUCCUGCUCGGAUAUUUCCAAUAUAUUUUCCAUUUGGGAAUACGGCUACUGGGUUCUUUGUGAUCUUCUCCCUCAUUGCUGGAGUUGUUGGAUUUGGGACCUCACUCACUGGACUCCACAACGUUUUCCAAUGGGACGGCCCCAGCUUGCACACAGCUGCUGCUGCUUCUCUUGCUACUUGGUCACUCACCCUUCUUGCCAUGGGAUUGGCAUGUAAAGAGAUUGAUCUUGGUUGGACAGAUUCCAACUUGCGUACUUUGGAGACAAUAAUAAUACUUGUAACUGCAACGCAGUUGUUUUUGACGUGUGUCAUCCAUGCUGGGGUUGAAGAUGUUAUUGCUUAAGAAAGGAGCCGCACUGGAAGCGUUUAAUCACCCUAAUUAGUGUUAUAUUUCACACUAAUACACUGCUUGAAUGUUGAUUAUUCAUGUAUUAAUUGUUGUUAAAUAUCAACUAGUCUUGAGAAAUAAGCAUCUUGCAUCUCAA